ACGUGGUUCUUCACCGACACAGAAGAUGGAGAGUAUCAACAGAAAACGGGCGGCCACCUCGUCAACACUAACUGCUCCGCCUCCCACAACAGACGAGCGCUUUGCUGCAAGAUGGCCAGCGAGUUCGAUGCUUUCCUCCAGAGCAACAAGAGGUGGUGGUGCCACUUCGACGACGACAACUACGUCAACAUUCCGCAGCUGGUGACGACGCUGGCCGACUACGACCCCCAGCAGGACUGGUACCUGGGCAAGCCCUCCAUCCGCGCCCCCUUGGAGAUCAUCAACAGAGACAACGUCUCGCAAAGGAUCUCCUUCUGGUUCGCAACAGGAGGCGCAGGAUUCUGCAUCUCCCGCUCUCUGGCCCUCAAGAUGAUGCCCAUCGCAGGAGGCGGCAAGUUCGUGAGCGUCGGGGAGAAGAUCCGCCUUCCUGAUGACGUCACCAUGGGCUAUAUUAUAGAACACUUGUUGAGGAAGAAGCUGACGGUGGUGGAGGAGUUUCACUCACACCUGGAGCCCAUGAGGUUCGUCAACACUGACUCGCUGCCUCGCCAGGUGAGCUUCAGCUACUCGCAGUACGGCAGCGAGAUGAACGUUCUUCCAGUCGACGGCCUCGACACCCGCCUCGACCCCACCAGAUUGCUCUCAGUUCAUUGUCUGUUGUUCCCGAACUUCAACUUCUGUGCCACAUAGCGUCGGGCUGACUGUGGUCAAGACAAAGGCACAUUUGAAGGCAUCACUUGUGCUUUAGUGUAAAACAAAAGAAAAAUUGCUGUGAUAAUUAUAACGAGGCCCUUGAAAUUGUUAGCAAGUUGGCCUAUAUAUACUGUAUAUAAAUAUAUAUAUAUAUAUUUUUUAAUGUGAUCAAGCUAUUCGGUUGUUCAUUGUAGGUCCUAGAAGCUGUGGUCAGGUGCUAGCGACUGUGCUACACUUCACUAGACUGUCUCCAACUGUUUACUGUGACCACUAGACUGUCUCCAACUGUUUACUGUCACAGUUCAUCUGGUGUAGUGUGCACAGUUCCGGGAGACAGUCAGGGGAAGGUGAAGGAGUGCACGCCUCAGCUUUGGACAGUCAAGUCCUAAAAUGGCUCUUCCAGGUUGCAAACUGAUCUCCCGUCAUCUGCAAGAUAAUCUUGUGACUAAAGUAUAGAAUACACUCAAUGUGAGCGAGUCUUUCCUCCUUAAGGUUGUAAUAUUUAAAGCUAUUAUGAGUUAUAUUAACAUUAAUGGUCCUAUUGGUGUGACCAGUGAUUCAUUCUUCCACAAUAGAAUAGAAUACAAAUAAAUGCAAGACACUUCCAAUAGACUUGCAACGCUACUCACUUGAGGCUUUUACAAAGGUUAAUACUUGAAUUUGCUGACCCUUGAGAUUAUCUUAAGUUCAUGUACUCACCUAGUAGGGAUGUCUCACACACACACACACGUGUGUGUGUAAUUACAUAAGUGUGUUUGAAUGCAUGCUUGCAAGGGAAUGGAUUGAUGCUGCAACUUGGUCACUGCUUCUACUGAGUAUAGCAGAUUGGAUGGAUGACAGAGAGGGAAAGAGGAGGCAAGUUAAUGAUAAACUGACUCAAGAACAUUUCCCCCAAUAUAAGGGAAUGUACUGAACACUAUGAAAAUACCCGAGAUCGAAAUCAUUCGUCCGUUCUGGAAGUUUUAUCGCUUUACCUUAAUCUUCGCUCAAUACCUUGUUAAGAUGUUGUGUCAAAUGCUGCAACAACGGCCUGGAUGGUUUCCUCUAACAAGAAAGAUACUAAAAUAUUGUGUUUGGAUUUAGUGAAAAACAAAAUUUUGUUAAAAUUAGGAUAAUUAUCCCAUACUUUGUUUUCUGUACAAUAUGUUUGAGAGGUCAUCCAUUGCCGGGGAUUUUGUACUCACUGUUAAUGAUUCUCCAUUUUAAAAAAGACAAUAUUUUAAUCCAAAUGACUAUGGACAAUCUCUAUUAAGCUAGUCAGAUGUAAAUGUCUUUAUUUAAAAAAUUGAAGCUAUAUUAUGUCUGGUCAAAGAGAGAGAUGUGUGGUGGUGGUUGUGAGGUCGGCCUCUCACAGCUCCUCGCUCCAUGUAUAUAUGUUUCCAUUUCAUCAGAUGCACCAAAAAUAUAAUCAUAGUCACUGUUUACAUUCUUAUAUUAGAGCAACACAACAAAAUCACAGGAAAUAUAAUAAUUUUCAUGUUAAGUGCAUAUGGUGCUCGGAGCCACAGAUUUCUCUGUUUGCUUGUUUGGCAUAUUUGUAUACAGGUAAGCCCUUGUGUACACCCUGGUACACUAGUGUACACCCUGGUACACUAGUGUACACCCUGGUACACUAGUGUACACCCUGGUACACUUGUGUACACCCUGGUACACUUGUGUACACCCUGCUACACUAGUGUACACCCUGGUACAGUAGUGUACACCCUGGUACACUAGUGUACACCCUGGUACAGUAGUGUACACCCUGGUACACUAGUGUACACCCUGGUACAGUAGUGUACACCCUGCUACACUAGUGUACACCCUGGUACACUAGUGUACACCCUGGUACACUAGUGUACACCCUGGUACACUAGUGUACACCCUGGUACACUAGUGUACACCCUGGUACACUUGUGUACACCCUGGUACACUAGUGUACACCCUGGUACACUUGUGUACACCCUGGUACACUAGUGUACACCCUGGUACACUUGUGUACACCCUGGUACACUAGUGUACACCCUGGUACACUAGUGUACACCCUGCUACACUUGUGUACACCCUGGUACACUAGUGUACACCCUGCUACACUAGUGUACACCCUGGUACACUUGUGUACACCCUGUUACACUUGUGUACACCCUGUUACACUAGUGUACACCCUGCUACACUAGUGUACACCCUGCUACACUUGUGUACACCCUGGUACACUAGUGUACACCCUGCUACACUAGUGUACACCCUGCUACACUUGUGUACACCCUGGUACACUAGUGUACACCCUGCUACACUAGUGUACACCCUGGUACACUAGUGUACACCCUGGUACACUUGUGUACACCCUGGUACACUAGUGUACACCCUGGUACACUAGUGUACACCCUGCUACACUUGUGUACACCAUGGUACACUAGUGUACACCCUGCUACACUAGUGUACACCCUGCUACACUUGUGUACACCCUGUUACACUUGUGUACACCCUGUUACACUAGUGUACACCCUGGUACACUAGUGUACACCCUGCUACACUUGUGUACACCCUGUUACACUUGUGUACACCCUGGUACACUUGUGUACACCCUGUUACUUGUGUACACCCUGGUACACUAGUGUACACCCUGUUACACUUGUGUACACCCUGUUACACUAGUGUACACCCUGUUACACUAGUGUACACCCUGCUACACUAGUGUACACCCUGCUACACUAGUGUACACCCUGCUACACUAGUGUACACCCUGCUACACUAGUGUACACCCUGUUACACUUGUGUACACCCUGUUACACUAGUGUACACCCUGGUACACUAGUGUACACCCUGCUACACUUGUGUACACCCUGCUACAUUAGUGUACACCCUGCUACACUUGUGUACACCCUGCUACACUAGUGUACACCCUGCUACACUUGUGUACACCCUGUUACACUAGUGUACACCCUGCUACACUAGUGUACACCCUGCUACACUAGUGUACACCCUGGUACACUUGUGUACACUCCCACUACACUGUGAUAAGUAGUGUGCCUUAGAAGGAUAAAUCCCAUAGAGGUCUAUUUUUAACUACUGUAUUUUAAGAAAGAUAUUCUUCCAUUUUAGAAAUAAACGUCCCACAAAUAUUUUUAGACAACCAUGAAUUACUAUAUAAUUAUUAUUAUUAAUGUAAAUUACUGAAGAUACUGAUUUAUAACUGUAAAAUUUGUAAAUAAAAUCUAUUAAUUAAA